AGUAAAACGGUCGGAAAAACAGUAGUGCGCGAAUUUUCGCGGUGGAAAUACAUGUUGUGACUGUCCCAAGUAAUGAGAAAAUCCCAGUUACAAUGCUAAAGUUCUUACUACUGAUCGCCACGCUGGCUACAAGAACCAACAGCGACACAUUCACCUUGGGAUAUUUAACGGGAUCCCAAAGGAGACCCGGCGAUAAAGAAUAUUCGCGCCCAGGCCUGACUAUCUCCGGUGCCAUUUCUUUAGCUGUCGAGGAAAUAAACGCGGGACUUUUCGGCAAACGAGGUCACAAACUGGACUUUAUCAUAGCGGAAACGUACGGCGAGGAGGUCGUCAGUGUCCAGAAAACCGCCGACUUAUGGACUCGAAACGUGUCCGCUUUUAUUGGACCCCAAGAGACUUGCGAGCACGAGGCCUUUAUGGCGGCCGCGUUCAAUGUACCCAUGAUUUCUUAUUUUUGUACCCACUCUGCCACCUCAGACAAAUCGAAAUUUCCAACUUUCGCCAGGACGAGACCUCCCGAUCCUCAAAUUUCCAAAUCGGUUAUAUCAGUUUUAAAUAACUUCAACUGGACGCACGUGGUGAUCUUAUACCUAAAAUCCCCCGAGUACCAAUUUGGCAACAUCGCGGAGAUCCUCGUCGAUUCCUUACCGAAAACCGGUAUUGAAGUAUUCGCAAUAAAAUACUGGACAACCCCGUAUCAUCACGGAUAUAUGGAAAACCCCUUUGCCGCCCUAGUGGGUGAAACUUACAGGGACACAAGGAUUUAUGUCGUCCUGGGCCAUUAUUACGAACAUUUGGGACUGAUGGUCGCCAUGGAACAGAAGGGAUUGUUUCAGACCGGUGAAUACUUCGUGGUAGGCGUGGACAUAGAGCAGUACGACCAGAAAAACCCCUCCAAGUACCUUAGAGGGUUGCUAAGGGACUCUGACCUACCGAACGACCUAAUAGCACAAAGGGCUUAUAGAAACUACAUAGGAAUAGUGCCGUCCAGCCCAAUAGGGUUUGAGAAUUUUUCAAAUUUAGUCAACGAGUACAUGGAGCGCCCCCCGUUUAAUUAUCCGAACCCGUUGGCCUUUUUUGGGGGGGUAAAAACGCUAAUAUCUCCCAAACCCUUGAUCCGUGCCGAGGCGGCUUACCUAUACGACGCCGUCCAUCUCUACUCGAAAGCCUUACUAAAAGUAAUGGAUAACGGAGGUAAUCCGAGGAACGGCACGGCGAUAAUAAACGCCAUGAAGACCACGCAUUACCGUAGCGCCAUGGGUUACUUGGUGUAUAUGGACGAGAACGGGGAUGCCGAAGGGAAUUACACCCUAAUUGCCAGGAAACCGUUGAAAUAUAAGAAUAGGGACGAGUUCGGAUUGUUUCCGGUCGGGGUUUUCGGGUUGAGUGGAAACAAGGGAUUACCGAUAAUUCAUUUCACUGGUACCGUCGACUGGGUGGCCGGACAUCCUCCCAUCGCCGUGCCGUCGUGUGGAUUUAGGAACGAAAAAUGCAUUACUUAUACAGUGGAAAUCACCGGUGGAGUGGCGGGUGGCCUAAUUUUGGUCACCCUGUUGGUGUCUUUGGUGUUGUAUCGCAACUGGAGGUACGAACAGGAGCUCGACAGUUUGCUGUGGAAGAUCGACUUUAAGGAGAUCAAGUUUAACGAGGAAAAUGGUAAAAAUAGGAAUUCUCAGCCAUUUAUAAGAACCAGCCAGGUGUCCCUAAGUUCGAACCCGGACGCGGACUUCCGGUACACCUCGAUCUUCACCCAAAUCGGAAUUUAUAAGGGACGAGCAUUUGCCGUCAAAAAGGUCCAUAAGAAAACCAUAGACAUUACCAGGGAGAUGAAAAAAGAACUGAAAAUGAUGAGAGACUUGAGACAUGAUAAUUUAAACGCUUUUAUCGGGGCCUGUACCGACCCGCCCAACAUCUGUAUCGUCACGGAGUACUGUACCAGGGGCAGUCUAAAAGACGUGCUGGAAAACGACGACGUGAAACUGGAUAAUAUGUUUGUGGCUUCCUUAGUCGGGGACAUUUUGAGGGGGAUGAUUUACUUGCACGACUCCCCGAUAAGAUUUCACGGGGGGUUGCACACUGGCAAUUGUUUGAUCGACUCCCGCUGGGUGGUGAAACUAAGCGACUACGGACUGAGGGAGUUCAAAAGGGGUGCGGGGGAAAACUGUGUAAACGACCCCGCGAAAAUUAGGGACAAAUGCUACAAAAUGCUGUAUAGGGCUCCUGAACUGUUACGUCUCCAAGAAUCCUUAUUAACAAAGGACCAGCCUUUGGGCACCCAAAAGGGCGACGUCUACUCCUUCGGGAUGAUUUUGUAUGAGAUUCAAGUGCGUCAAGGGCCGUGGGGGGAACAAGGGGGUUUAAACCCCGCGGAAGUUUUAAAUCGAGUGGUUUAUUGCAAGGAUCCAAAACAACCCUUUCGGCCUCCCCUGGACAAACUGGAGAACACUUUCGUCAAGGAGUGUCUUAAAGAGUGUUGGGCGGAGGUACCGGAAGACCGACCCGAUUUUAAAAGUGUCCGUGGCAAAUUGAGACCGUUGAGAAAAGGGAUGAAACCGAACAUCUUCGAUAACAUGAUGGCGAUGAUGGAAAAGUACGCGAACAACCUGGAGAUGCUGGUGGACGAACGUACCGAUCAGUUGCAAGAAGAGAAGAAGAAGACUGACGCCCUUUUGUACGAAAUGCUCCCGAAACCGGUGGCAGAUCAACUGAAAAAGGGCAACAAAGUGGAGGCGGAGUCUUUCGAACUGGUGACGAUUUAUUUCAGUGACAUCGUGGGAUUCACCGCUAUGUCCGCCGAAAGUACCCCGUUACAAGUGGUGAAUUUCUUGAAUGAUCUGUACAGCUGUUUCGACUCAAUUAUCGAGAAUUAUGACGUGUAUAAGGUGGAGACCAUCGGGGACGCUUAUAUGGUGGUGAGUGGGUUGCCCAUACGCACCGACCAUCACCAACACGCCGCCGAGGUGGCCACCAUGUCCCUCCAUCUGCUCCACGAAGUCAAAAAUUUCACCAUAAGACACCGGCCGGGGCACAAGUUGAUGUUGCGCAUCGGGAUCCAUUCUGGACCGGUGUGCGCCGGUGUGGUGGGGCACAAGAUGCCUCGGUACUGCCUUUUUGGUGAUACAGUCAACACCGCCAGCAGGAUGGAGUCCACUGGACUACCUCUGAAGAUUCAUUGCAGUAAAACGUGCAAGGAUUUGCUCACGAAAAUGGGCGGGUACCAUCUGGUGGAACGCGGCAUGGUGGACAUGAAGGGCAAAGGCCGCCAGCUGACUUAUUGGCUCAUAGGGGAAGACGCGCACUUCCGGAAAAUCCGGAAGGAGUUACGGGAGAUCCGGAGGGGCAGGCACAUGCGCACUUUAACCGAAAACGGUCACUACAUGAUCACCAGGAGCUCAUUGAAGAGUAAACACGUGCGAAGUCCGAUUCCUAGGUGCUCCUCCUUCGAGAGUCCUAAGAGAUUACGGUUCGCCAACGGGGGAGAGGGUGAAAUGGGUCAGUACCUGGAGGCUAUCGUUGAUCGCAGUAGCCCUUGUAGGGAGUAUUUGGGGUCCAACUUAGAUGCGCUGUUUGUUAAACCCUCGUCGACCUCCUGUCCGUGCAUAGAGAACCUGGCGAACUGUGCGACGUCACUGACCCAGUCCCAACUGACCGUCCUGACUGACGACCAGAAGCAGUGUUGCCACAGUGUGCCGACGUUGCCACGUUGUCACCUCAACGUGCCCGGAAUUAUUCAGACCACGCUGUCGGCUCCGGUGAGUCCUCGUAAGGGCGAGUGGGGGGCCGAGUGCACUCCCUUAUUGAAGAUUACCGAGGCUCAAGACGUGGAAACUUGUGUUUAAUUUAUAUAUAUAUAUGAGGCGGCAACACUGUCUGUGUAUGAGUUUGAGGUAGUUUUUUUGUUACUGUGUUAGUGGAAAUAUAUGAAUGAAGUUCUAUAA